AUGAGACCAACAGCCGAUUUUGAAGGUCUUGGUUUCUCCCUUGUUGCCACAAAAAAUCAAGUUGGCCAAUUCAUUGAUGAAGUAAAGCCGAAUUCGCCCGCUGAAAAAUCUGGCUUAAAAUGUGGUGAUAUGGUUUUUGAAGUCAAUGGUGAAAAUAUACUCUCUUAUUCACAUCAAAAGGUCGUUGAACUGAUGCGCAAAAAUCCUCAAGAACUUAAUCUCCUAGUCCUAGAUCCCGAUUCGCGUGCGUACUACGACAAAGCCUCCAUCGUCGUAAAUGGUCAGAUGCCCGAAACCGAACGAAUAUCUUCGUGGUCAGGUAUGCUUUUUUACCGUAAUCUUUUCAAUUUCGAUUGUAAUGCCCUCUUCGAGUUUAUCCUUGUGUCUUUCCGACUUCUCCGCCUAUGA